AUGCCCCUUUCUGAGCCCAGCCCGCCUCUGUGCUAACCUGGCAGGGUGCGGGAGGCGGCAGGGCUGCUGGGGAGAAAGUAGCGGAGCUGGCCGGAGGCUGGAGAGCAGGACAUGUUGCUGGUGCCCCCUUGAUGCUCCCCGGGCGGCGGCUUUGCUGGCUGAGGGGCGGCUGGUGAGCGGCCGGAGGACGGCGACGCGAGGCCACGGUGGGGGAAAUCCGAGGCUCCGGCUGGGAAACCAUGGGGAGAUGCAAUGGGAGAUGUACGCUGGUCGGAUUCUGCUGCCUGCAGCUGGUAGCAGCGCUGGAGAGGCAGAUCUUUGAUUUCCUGGGCUACCAGUGGGCACCUAUCCUGGCUAAUUUUUUACACAUCAUGGCCGUUAUUUUGGGUAUUUUCGGGACCAUCCAGUACAGAUCCAAAUACCUCAUGAUGUACGCGGUGUGGCUGGUGCUGUGGGUCGGCUGGAACGCCUUUAUCAUCUGCUUCUACCUGGAGGUCGGACGCUUGUCACAGGACCGAGACUUCAUCAUGACCUUCAAUACCUCACUGCAUCGCUCGUGGUGGAUGGAGAAUGGGCCAGGCUGCCUGGUGACACCGGUGAUGAACUCCAACUUGGCACCUGAGGACCAUCAUGUCAUCACCGUCAGUGGCUGCCUGCUUGACUACCAGUACAUUGAGGUAGUCAGCAGUGCCAUGCAGAUAUUCCUGGCGCUCUUUGGCUUUGUCUACGCCUGCUAUGUCAGCAAAGUGUUCCUGGAGGAAGAAGACAGCUUCGACUUCAUCGGAGGGUUUGACUCCUACGGCUACCAAGCGCCACAGAAGACGUCACACCUACAGCUACAGCCGCUCUACACGUAAGUUCAUGCUAGGCUGGGGAAAGCCUUGGGAGUGCUCCCCAGGAUGCUCAGGGAUGCAGGAGCCCCUCCAAGGUGCCUCACCGCACCAUUGUAACCCAAAAGAUUUGUGUCUGUGAGUCCACUUGGCCUCAAUAUAAAGCACAGAGGUUCCUUUAGGGCUGGGUAGUUUUAGGGGGGAUUGUGCCUUUGUUUUGCUUGUUGCUGCUUAUUGUUUACUGAGCAUCAACACACCAGGGCUGCCUGGGGGGAAGCAGCAGUUCUUCAGAUAAGUGCAGCUCAC